ACCCUCUGCCCAAACCCAACGCCGAGCUCAACGCCGAAGCUCGUCUACGACACCUUUCUCUUCUCUACGUACCGUAACGACUAAUCCAAAACCAUGGAGGACGAGGUCGCUGCUCUCGUGAUUGACAAUGGUUCCGGAAUGUGCAAGGCUGGCUUUGCUGGUGACGACGCACCUCGUGCCGUCUUCCCCUCAAUUGUCGGCCGUCCCCGUCAUCAGGGUGUCAUGGUCGGCAUGGGUCAGAAGGACUCCUACGUGGGUGACGAGGCUCAGUCCAAGCGUGGUAUCCUCACGCUCAAGUACCCGAUUGAGCACGGUAUCGUCACUAACUGGGACGACAUGGAGAAGAUCUGGCACCACACCUUCUACAACGAGUUGCGUGUCGCGCCGGAAGAGCACCCCGUCCUCCUCACCGAGGCUCCUCUCAACCCCAAGGCCAACCGAGAGAAGAUGACCCAGAUCAUGUUCGAGACGUUCAAUGCACCCGCGUUCUACGUUGCGAUCCAGGCCGUGCUCUCCCUGUACGCGUCCGGUCGUACCACGGGUAUCGUGCUCGACUCCGGUGACGGUGUUACCCACACCGUGCCCAUCUACGAAGGUUUCGCGCUCCCGCACGCCAUCCUCCGUCUCGAUCUUGCCGGCCGUGACCUCACGGACUUCCUGAUCAAGAACCUCAUGGAGCGUGGCUACCCCUUCACCACCACGGCCGAGCGUGAAAUCGUCCGUGAUAUCAAGGAGAAGCUCUGCUACGUCGCGCUCGACUUCGAGCAGGAGCUUCAGACCGCUGCGCAGUCCUCCGCGCUGGAGAAGAGCUACGAACUUCCCGACGGUCAGGUCAUCACCAUCGGCAACGAGCGGUUCCGUGCCCCCGAGGCGCUCUUCCAACCUGCCUUCCUCGGUCUUGAGGCUGCCGGUAUUCACGAGACCACCUUCAACUCCAUCUUCAAGUGCGAUCUCGAUAUCCGUCGCGACCUGUACGGCAACGUCGUCCUCUCCGGUGGAACUACCAUGUUCCCCGGUAUCGCCGACCGUAUGCAGAAGGAGCUCACCACGCUCUCGCCGUCGAGCAUGAAGGUCAAGAUCGUUGCGCCCCCGGAGCGCAAGUACUCUGUGUGGAUCGGUGGAUCGAUUCUCGCCUCGCUCUCGACGUUCCAGAACCUCUGGUGCUCGAAGCAGGAGUACGACGAGUCGGGCCCGGCCAUCGUCCACCGCAAGUGCUUCUAAGCGCGCGCUCGCAUGGGGGAGGCUCCAAAAGACUGACGCGCGACGACGCCACGGUUUGCGGAGGCGGAGGCGGAUUAGAUACAAUAUUACGAUACUUUGUUCUGGCGCGAUACGGUGAUCUUUGCUGUCAAGAAGUAACGAUAUGGGCUCUUUUCACCUACUCCAUUGCCAUGGUCUGCCUACUCAGCGGAAGCGGGGCGAGAUUACGUCGGUUGUGUGGACGCGCGUGAGUGCAGGUGGUGGACACGUCUCACCACUUGAACUCCUUUGCUCCAGCCCUUUGCCCGCAGUUUGCUGGUCUCGCAAGCACCACCACCGCGAACGAACC